GUGGGCGAUGACGACACUGAUGGGUGGAGCUGCCAGCGUGGGCAGCCCCGGAGGAACCAGAAAGCCUCGGCACGGGUGACUUCUCGUCUACAAAAUGAACGAGGAAGGCUGCGACGAGCCGGCGCCAGUGCCGACAACGACGGCGGCGGCGGCGGCGGCGACGACGGCGAAUAUUCAUUCCGCAGACCUCACGGUCGGCUUCAUCGGUGCUGGGAAAAUGGCAAUUUGCCUGGCGAAAGGGAUUUUAAAGCGAGGAAUUGUGAAACCUGACCGCAUCGUGGCGAGUGCUCCGACCGACCGCUCCGCGGGACUCUUCACGGAGGCUGGAAUGAGGACAACAAGAGACAAUAGGGAGGUGGUCCAGGCCUGCAAGGUUGUCUUCAUCGCCACGAAGCCGCCUGUCGUCAAGGCGGCGUUGGCUGGCAUUCGGGGAGAGGUGACGGGAGACCACCUCAUCGUUUCCAUCGCGGCUGGCAUCACGAUUGCAACCUUGGAAAAGGCGCUGCCCGUAGGCGCGCACGUGGUGCGGCUGAUGCCCAACACGGCGUGCCAGGUGGGAGAGGGCGCUAUGGUGUUUGCCCGCGGGCGCAGCACGACGCCGGAGGAGGCGCUGCUCCUGCAGGAGCUGCUGUCGCACUGCGGCAUGUGCCUCGAAGUUCCCGAGCCCUACAUCGACAUCCACACGGGAAUGAGUGGGAGCGGCAUUGCCUAUGCGUACAUGUUUGCGGAGGCGUUGGCGGAUGGAGCCGUGAAGAUGGGGAUGACGAGGGCGGUGGCUGGCGACAUCGCGGCCCAAACUUUGCUGGGCGCUGCAAGAAUGCUCUUGCAAACCAAGGCGCAUCCAAGUCAGCUGAAGGACGACGUCUCAUCUCCUGGAGGAACUACAAUAUACGGGAUACACGAACUGGAAAAGGGGAACUUCCGAUCCACGAUCAUUAAUGCCGUGGAAACGGCAACGGCCAGAGCCAGCCAUCUGGGAAAACAGGACUAGAAUUAAAAUGUUUACAAGCAAUUACAACUCGCAUUCAAGUGCUGGCAGUACGGGUGCCUGGGCUUUAAUGUUGCAGAAGCAAAGAAAAUCUUACUUUACAAAGGUGGAAAUGCCGUAAAAAACCGCGUUCGUUGUUUUGUUCGUCGUCAAAGUUGAGUGAUGAGAAUAAACGCUGAUUAUGACGACA